AUGAGUCCCUAUAAUACAUAUUUCAUUAAAAAAAAUAUUGUAAUAAUUGUUUUCAUUUGGGUGCACAUAACAGUGAUACUAGUCAGUUCAAAUAGUAAAGAACCUUUUGAUAAUCUUAAAGAAAACCUGUACAAAAAUUUAGGUCACCAAGAUGCCGACAACGCAGUGUCUUAUUUGACCAAAUAUUUCCAAUUGACAUCAGGACAAUACAAUAUACCUUUGGUGGAAAGUUUUGAAGAUGUUUACGACUUCAUCAUCAUCGGAAGUGGACCAGGAGGUUCAGUCAUGGCCAACAGAUUAUCCGAAGUACUAGAUUGGAAUAUUUUAAUUUUGGAAGCUGGAGAACAAGAAUCACCCUUGACAGAUAUACCUUUGCUACCCAAUAUAUUGCCUGAAUCAAAAUAUGAUUGGAACUACAAAACUGUAUCACAAACUAGAUGUUGUUCGGAUCAGAAAGGAUACUGCAAACAACCACGAGGUAAGGCUUUAGGAGGCACCAGCGUUAUAAAUUAUAUGGUGUAUGUCAGAGGUAACAAAUAUGACUUCAACACUUGGCAACAUUUAGGAAACACUGGUUGGGGUUAUUAUAAUAUACUUAAAUAUUUCAAGAAAUCUGAGGACAUGCAAAUUAAACACCUGCAAAACUCACCAUUUCACAGUACAAGUGGAUAUCUCACAGUAGACUUGAACAAAUACCAAACACAUUUAGAUGAUUUGCUGAUACAAGCUGGUAGAGAAUUAGGUUAUUGGAAUAAUGAUAACAAUGGUGCUAAUCAAACCGGUAUUUUACACCAACAAAGUAUGAUUCGAGAUGGUAGAAGAUGCAGUGCGAGUAAAGCUUUUUUAAAACCAGUUGUUGACAGGACUAACCUGUCAAUUGCCACAGGUGCAUUUGUUACCAAAAUUCUUAUCGAUCCUGAUAAUAAACGUGCUUAUGGUGUAACUUUUACUAAAAAUGGUAAAGAGCAUACAACUAGAGUCAGAAAGGAGGUUAUACUAAGUGCAGGUGCAAUUAAUUCAGCACAAUUACUAAUGUUGUCUGGUGUAGGACCAGCUAAUCAUUUACAAGAUUUGGGAAUUGAAGUGAUACAAGACUUGCCUGUGGGUAAAGAACUAAAAAAUCACUUUGGUUCACCUGAUUUGCAAUUCGACAUUGAUGGUAACUUUGAAGUCGACAUAGGUGUUCUAGGAUCAUCUAAACACGUCACAGAUUAUUUCGAAAAAGGAAUAGGUCCACUCACGAUACCCGAUGGUAUGAUUGCUAUAGCCUCUGUAAAAACCAGUCGAUACAAUAUCGAUUUGCCAGAUGUUGAGAUAAAUUUUCGUGCAGCUAAUUUGUACAAAGAUAUAGACAAAAACAAAACCCGGGAUUCAUUUUAUGCAUUUGUCUUAUUAUUACGUCCAAAAAGUGUCGGCAGAUUACUACUUAAUAGUAGAGAUCCAACGGAUUCGCCAAAAAUAGAUGUGAAUUGUUUUGCAGAAAAUGAAGAUGUGGAAACUUUGGUGAAGGGAAUCAAAGUGGCGGUAGAGAUGUCUCGUACAAAAGUUCUUUCUAAGUACAAUGUCACCUUAAAACUUGAACCGGAUGAAGAAUGCGACAAAUUUGGAAAAGAAACCGACGCCUACUGGAGGUGCUUUUUGAAAAAUUCUACAUCUGGAAAUCACCAGAUACGUACCUGCAAAAUGGGCCCAGCUGAUGAUCCAACCAGUGUCGUAGAUCCAUCGACACUAAAACCAUAUGGAAUCCAAGGAUUGAGAGUUGUGGACGCCUCUGUAAUUCCAGAACCCCCGACUGGUCACACAACUGCUGUGGUUUAUAUGGUCGCUGAAAAGGCUGCUGAUUUUGUUAAAGCUGAAUGGACUUGA